GGUGACUGAGAAUAUACAACAGCCAUAGCAUAUUUAAGGCUCUUAGGGCUUUACCAGCACUAUGUAGGAGAGGGGAUGGUGCGUGUGUGUGUGUGUGCGCAUUGCAUGCAUAUAAAUAAGCCCAUGUAUGCACAUGCAGAGACCGGAGGAGGACUUUGGAUGUCUUUCUCUAGCUCUCUCUGCCUUAUCGCCUGGAGACAGGGUCUUUUCUUGAGCCAGAAGUUAGCAGUUGCAGCUAGACUGGCCAGCCAGGAGCUCUCAGGAUCUUUAUGCCACCAAGGUUACAGAUGAACUUUGUGUCCAGCGCUUGCUUUGAAAGUUAGGAAUCUGCUGAUCUUCAGCUUUAGAUUAUCCAUAUUGAGACACUGUAGUCAGCACUGGGUUGUUUGUUUUGAGGUAAAAGCAAGAAAAUGCUUUUACCUCAUAUUUUCCAGAUAUGAGGGAUGAAGAGGAGGAGUAAUGUUUUCAAAUGACUAGGGCUUCUGCAGCCAGUGAAGGUAUGAAUUUAAGGCAAACUGGGGGGAGGUUUUUUUUUUUUUCAAUUCCAUUUGAGUCCUUAGCAAACACUCAGAAAAACACUCUGGCAAAGGUUGGAGAGCAAAUAUGCUCACCAUGGAACCAGAGCUCUCAUGUACUUACUUGCCAUUAUAACUAAUAGCCCUAUUUUUGUAAUCAGAAAAUGAAUUCAUUUCCUAGUAACUUUGAAAAGCCUCAUCUUUCGCUUUAGUGAUCUACGUUGGCUUUUGUGUACAUCACUGCUAGCACCAUUACUGAUGUCAGAGUCAUGGAGGAAAAAUGGGCAACUCUUCACUGUGGCCUUUUAGAAAUAGAAUUAUCAGCAACAGGAAAAGAUGCGUGGUAAAGAGCUAAAUCCGUUUGAUAAAUAGAACAGUAUUCCCUGAGAGCAGCGGUGCACAAGAGUAUGGUGGCAGACUAUCUUUAUCUGAGCACUUGAUGUAAGUUCUCUUGCUCUGUCCUACACCUGCUGAAGAAGACAAUCAAAGAGUAGGCUUGCUCUUCUGUUUUCAAGAAACCCUACUAGUGAUUCUGAUAAACAUGAAUAUUUGAAAGGCUUUAGUUUAGAGAAAGAAAUGUAACAAUUCAAAAUAAUUCUUCAGCGCUGCAGAAUCUUUACAACUGUGCCUUGUUCUUCCCAGGGUUUUAUAUAUAACCUGACAUCUCUUAAAAUUCUUUGAUCAUAGAAAUUUUAUUUUGUGGAUCAUAUAGAAACUUCUCGUGGAAUAUUGUAUAGGCGAUUAGCAUAUUGCUGAAUAAAUAUGUGAAAGUGAAAUGAAGUAAAAUGGUCAUAGACAUGUGUCUGUUAUAAUUGCUUUAGAAAGGGUAGUGAGUUUCUGUACCCCCAAAGCUCUAUUGUCAGUAUUGUGAAACAUGCCAAAUACAGAUACAAAAUUUUAUAAGCAGCAAAUGUGUGGACAAAGUAUUUGAAGGCAGUAAGGUGCCUUGGUCUUUAAAAUGUGACCUGUAGCUAGGAUAAAGCACCUAGGUUGAAGUCCACACCUUUGUUAUCUCUGUCAGCCUGGGCACUUCCUUCCUUUUAUAUUUCAGUUCUCUCCACUAGGAAGAGUCAAUGAAAUGAUGUGUUUAUAACACUUUAACCAGUGUGUGGUAAACACACAAUGAAGGCAGACAACGGUAUUAAGAUGGAUACACGGUGAAGAAAUGCAAACCAGCUAGGUGGGGCGCACACAUCUGUAAUUCCAAUACUCCCACGCUCAGGCAGGAAGGUCAGGAGUUUCAGUUGAAGCCAGGCUGGGCUAUAUGGUAAGACACUGACUCCCCAAAAUUAAACCACAUCACACCAUCCUAUAAAUUCUUCAAAUGACUUUGUUGUGAUGGGAUUAGUAGAAAACCUAAACCUGUGUUAACAAUAGUCACAUGGCAAGUAACCUAAGCAAAAACUGUCUGUACUUCUUCCCUCCAGCAUCCUUAUGAGCAGUGUGACUACUUUAGCCCUCCCUUGUCCUUAUGGAAUCUAGUAUGUAAAAAACUCACUGCAAGACAUGAAAUGGAAUAAGAUAAAAAAAAAUGCUCCAAUUACCUUUAGUAGAAAAAUCCAUGUGUGAGACCUGCAUAUUGAUGUUCUUACACUACCUGACUUAUUUUACUUUAUUGGUUUUAUGAAAUAUUUUCUAGACUGGAAUUUGACUUGCCUUAUGGAGACAGUAUAAACAGAUGAACUCAUUUAAUUUUUUUUCAAAAGUCCCAUUUUCUAAACUUUAUCCUGGUUGACAAGGAAGACACAAUAUACCUAGGGUAGAUUUGUUUUAUUUGUAUUGUUCUAUCCCAACUUGAGGACUCCACUCAAUAAAGUACAGAUUAGAUUGCACUGUAGCACCAUGACACCAUUCUGUGCUGAAUAAAAAGUUUUCACAUUGUAAAAAGUACCACGUCUUUACAAGUAUACCAGUCCUUCUCUAAGUCUUCCAGCUUUUUAAGUUACUGUGGGAGUAAAACUGAUAAAUUUUAAAUACAGCUAAUUAAUUCUCUCUGCUCUUUGCUUUGCUUAUGUUUUUCCCCUUGUUUGGGAUUUGGAGAUACACAUCUUUUGGCAAUGAUGGUAUUUCAACUUCUUCUCUGUAAGAGCAUGAGGCCUCUCAUUUAUGGCUGAAGGGUUGAUUUAUUUUAAAACAUAAAACCUUCCUGAAUCUCUUUAUUUUACUUAAACUAGUCCAUGUUCUAGUUACAUUGUUUGUAGAUGCUCUGAUUCAGGUCUUUGACUGGUAGGAACAGUUUCAUCACUGUCAAAUAUUAAAAGCUCCCCAAAAGCAGAAGGUGAAUUUAAUGAGAUUGCUGCAUUUACUGAACCAGGCGUGAAGAGGAUCAUUUUAAAACACACUUCUUCAAAAAGUCAUGGCAGUGGCCUCACUCAGGGCAUUUUGUUGAUUCACUUUAUAUCUCUGAAACAUGGAUCUCUGAGUUCGUAAGAAAUUGUGGAAAGUUAGCGGGUGUUAAGGCCAGGCAGAAUCAGUUCUUUCCUUGUCUACAGAACAUAGAAGAUGACUGAUCUAAGUUUUAGACGAAUUUCAGACACAUUUUGCUGAAAAUAGCACUUUAUUUAAAUAUAGUACACUUGGGGUUUGGAGUUUUAUUUUGAAAUUGUAUGACACGCUAAACUGUCUUGUCUCUAGAGGUUACAUUUUAAAAUAAAUCUUAAAUAACGGAUUUAGACUACUAUAGAUAUAGAUAAAUAUGUAUGAAAUGACAAAGAAAGUGUGACUUAGUUCAUGUUGCCAAAGAUUUUAGAGGUGGCCCGUGUCACCAAGUAAGACUUUCUGUUUGGAAAUGACAUUUUUGUCACUAAUUGGAAGUAUGAUAAGAGUGGGAAGAGAAUGCUAGUUGUCAUGUGAAUACGUUUGUCUCUUUCUGAGCUUUGUAGCAUGAUCUCACGCUUACAAACUUAGCAACCUGUAAGCAUUUUGAUAUAGUGCUCUUAAAAUUCGUUAUCUGAAGGAGUGUUUAUCUUUAGCACAAGGGCUCCUGAUUUUUAUCUUUAUGUCCCUAAUUUUAAAAUGCAGUAGCAAGUCAUCAUAGUGCUCAUUAUACAACUUUUGUGUGCAUGGACAGAUAGGUGGCUGGAUUUUGUGACAUAAUUAUCAAACUUACUGACACCGAGUCUCGCAAAACUAACUUUUAAAAAUCUGAACAAUAAUUAGCAUUUUUCUCAUCUUAUGGUCUUCUUACAUGUUUGGAAGAUAUUUAUCUAAAUGAAAUCCUUGUUUGAAACUUGUAUUUCACAUUGAGGCAGGAAAUUUAAUUUUGCUAAAUGGAAACCCCAGUGUUUAAGCAUAGCACAUAACUAAACCCCAUAGGAAUCGAGAGAAUUGCCAAAUACCUUCCUACUUCCUGAGUUUUAGUACAGUUAAAACUCGCUUGAGACCCUUAAGUCAUGGAAAACCUGGAGUAACUGGCUUGCUUCCAGGGGAAAGAAGUCCCAGUGUAGAAAAGCCAGUUUGACAGAGGUGACUUGCAGUUCUGGCCUGAGGAAGCCUUCACACAAAAGAAAGCCACAGCAGGCUCUGCGGAAUUCCUGAUAAACCUAGGAAAGUCCUGGGCCUGGGACGAUGCUGGUGGGAUGGUCUCUUAGCAAUCAAAGGACAACAUUCCCAUCUUGUUAACUUUGAGGAGACCCCGUCUAGGCAAAAACAAAACAACAACAAAAAAUAUUGCAAUAGAAAAUUACUGUUUUGAUUUAGGACGGAAAUGAAAAUGAAUAUAAAACUGAAACAACAACAACAAAAACCCUGGCCUACACCGUGCCACGAGUUCUUAUUUGCUCUUCAGUUUGUUUUUCUGUAGCAUGAGGAAGAAGAAUUUGAUUAGUCUCUUCCCCAGUCCCUCAAGAGAGAGAUACUAGCGGCAUUUGAUGUAAUGAGCUAGGGUUUCACUAAUGAAACGAUACUGAGUGAGCAGGUUCCUUUGCUGGAAGACAUAUGGGACUUGUAUAGUUUCACUCUUUGAGAAAGCUAUAUAUUAUGCCAUUUCUUCCAACUACUUAGAUUAAGACUCCUUGUUUUUGAUAGUCCAGCUUUGGAACAAUGGUCUGUAGUACACCUCCUAACAAAUGCUAAACUGAAUGAUUUUCUAGGGUCUUUCCACUUUCGUCAUUGAAUGUUUCUGUUAUAUGUCCAUUGAUAUAUAAAGUUCCCCAGAAUAGUAUCAUUUCAUUCACGUGGAACCUACUAAAUCUGAAUCUUUUUUAAUUCUACUCAAAGACUCUGUAUUACUAAUGAAUAAAAAUAAAUUCGGGACUGGGACUAACAAACGAUUCCUAAAUUGAUUGCCACUUCUAUGAUAUAUGUUUAUAUUCAGCAGUGUGAGCCUAUUAUAGCCACUAUCUGGAAUUUAUUAUUUUGUCCAUUAGAAUUAGCCAUGGCCUUCACUUUUACUUUGUUUUCAUUGUAUUUUUAUUUUAUGUGUACGGGUGCUUUGGUUGUAUGUAUGUUUGUGCAUCAAAUGCAUUCAGUGUCUGUGGAGGCUAGAAAAGGGUGCCAGAUCCCGGGACUGGAGUUACAAAUGGUUGUUCACCUUAUGGGCCCCAGGAAUUGAACCUGUGUCCUCUAGAAGAGCAACCAGGGCUCUUAACCACUGAGCCAUCCUUCCAACCUCAUUUUUUAAAUUAUUACUUUUAAUUUGUAACAUUACUAUUCUGCUUGCUUGUAUGUCUCUGUGAGGGUAUCAGAUCCCUUAGAACUGGAGUUACGGACAAUUGUGAGCCACCACGUGGUUGCUGGGGAUUUAACCUGGGUUCUCUGGAAGAGCAGCCAGUGCUCUUAACUGCUGAGCCAUCUCUCCAGCCCUGUCCUUUCUUUAAAUAUGAAUAAACAAGCAUUGACAGAAAACAUUAUUCCAAUUUUGUGUUUUGAGUAUGUACUUGGAUAAAUUUUAUGUGAGUAUAUAUAGAGAUGUGCAUUAAUCUCUCAUUUCCCUAGACAUUAGUGGAUGAGUAGUCCACAGACAGGAUUAAGAAAGAAAGUUGGUGUGCCACGAAGUGGUGGUGCACGCCUUUAAUCCCAACACUCGGGAGGCAGAGGCAGGCGCAUUUCUGAGUUCAAGGCCAGCCUGGUCUACAGAGUGAGUUUCAGGACAGCCAGGGCUACACUGAGAAACCCUGUCUCGAAAAACCAAAAAAAAAAAAAAAAAAAAAAAGAAAAGAAAGAAAAAAAAAAGAAAGAAAGGAAGAAAAAAAGAAAGUUGGCCUCCCUGUUUAUUCUCUCCCUAGCUCACAGACUAUAAAGCCUUAAAAGAUAUAAAAGCCUCAUUUUCAUGCGGUAUUUUGUGUGCCUAAAAAUUUGUUGUAUGUGUCUGGAGUCCAGCUGGGAGUGUAGCUUGAAGAUAGAGCGCUCUGCUGGGGCCUGAGUCCAGCUCCAGAAAACAAAUAAAUAAUUCGGCCGUCACAUCCCAUGCUCCUUCUCAAUUUAACCGAAAGAGGGAGCUCCAACAGGCAGCACAGUCACUUAAACAUACAAAAAAAAAAAAAAAAAAAAAAGUAAGUGUAGUCUUGCCUCUGUGCCUUAGAAGGUGGAGAGGCUGGCAAGAUAAGUGAUUGGUGUGAUGCUUAUGGUGGGAGGAGCUAUGGAAUGAACAAAUUGCCUUCUCCAGCAGUCAACUUCCUUCAGAUCCUUGCAGCUGGUCAGGGUCGGUGCACUCGUGAGAACUGCAAGUACCUCCACCCUCCACCGCACUUAAAGUCGCAGCUAGAAGUUAAUGGGAGAAACAAUCUGAUUCAACAGAAGACUGCCGCAGCCAUGUUCGCCCAGCACAUGCAACUCAUGCUGCAGAACGCUCAGAUGUCAUCUCUUGCGUCUUUUCCUAUGAAUCCAUCACUUGCAGCUAAUCCUGCCAUGGCUUUCAAUCCUUACAUGACUCAUCCUGGCAUGGGCCUGGUUCCUGCUGAGCUUUUACCAAAUGGUCCGGUUCUGAUUUCUGGAAACCCUCCUCUUGCACUGCCAGGAGUUCCUGGUCCAAAGCCAAUUCGUACAGAUAGACUGGAGGUUUGCCGUGAAUUUCAGCGUGGAAAUUGUACCCGUGGGGAGAGCGAGUGCCGCUAUGCUCACCCUACGGAUGUUUCCAUGAUUGAAGUCACUGAUAAUUCUGUGACAAUCUGCAUGGAUUACAUUAAAGGCCGAUGCUCCCGGGAGAAAUGCAAGUACUUUCAUCCUCCUCCCCACUUGCAGGCCAAACUCAGGGCAGCUCAUCACCAGAUGAACCAUUCUGCUGCCAAUGCAAUGGCCCUGCCGCAUGGUGCACUUCAACUGAUACCAAAGAGGUCAGCCCUUGACAAGGCCAAUGGUGCCACUCCAGUCUUUAACCCCAGUGUUUUCCACUGCCAACAGGCUCUGGCUAACAUGCAGAUUCCUCAGCAGGCUUUUAUCCCAACAGGGCAAAUACUGUGCAUGACUCCUACUUCAACUUUUGUGCCCAUGAUGCACGGUGCUACACCUUCCACUGUGUCUACAGCAACACCACCUGCCAGCAACGUUCCCUACGUUCCAACAACUACAGGCAACCAGUUGAAAUAUUGAGCAGCAGAGUUACAGAGUAUCAGAAUCUCUCAACAAGAAACUCCGUGUGGCCUUUCUAUAUGUAUUCUCGUAUGUCUUCUUGUACCAACACGACAAUAAGCAUGGUGCAGUCAAUAUACUAAAGCGCAUAUACCUGUUGACAAAUUCAAAUUUUAAAAAUCUGUGGAGAUGUUAAAGCAAAUAGAAAAUUAACCAGUAUGUGUUACCUUAUACGGAUUCAUUGUAUAUGAAUUAGCAUACAAUAUACAACCAUACAGGUUUGUCAUGUAUAUGAAUUAUCAGAUCCAUAUUACAUGAAUUUUCCAUAUGAUAUGAAUUACCAUAUUGAAUAUAACUGUAAAAUGUUGUGACUGCUUUCCAGUAAUGGUUUAUAAUAAAUGAACUUCCACAGUGUACUGUAGGCUUACUGUAUACUCUUGGUGGAUAAAUUCUGUUUUGGAAGUGUUACCUUACUGUUUUGUUUACAAGAUAGUCUAUAGGAUUGAUGUAGAAUGUAACUGAUAUUUCCCACACCAUUUUCCUCCAUUGGUAUAUUGUAUUAAAUUGGGUUCUGCUUAGCUCUUUCAUGCUAUAGUGUUUUCUUGUUUAUACGUGAUAUUUGAUUUCAAUUAAAGCAUCAUAAGUGGUGAACAGAACUAUAUGUGACUGAAAAAUGUGACAGGUUCAUGGUAAUAUGCCCUCUUUAAAACAUUUCUGCAAGUUUCCGGAGGCCUCACUUCUGAGUGUGCACAAAAUCUCUUCAUAUAUAGAAUUUUACCUGUAGAUCUGACCUUGCAUAGUCAAUAAUAUACUAAAUUUUUAAAAGAGAAAAAAACUUCCCUACAUGUGAUAGGAAAGUUCAAAUGUUAACCUCAAACCAUUCCUCUUAAAUAAUUUGAGAAUCAAGUGUUCACAUUCCAAUAAAUUUCUUAGCAUGUAUAAAAAUUACGGAGAGUAGCCAUUACAUUUAUUGUGUUACAGGAAUCCUAUCUCUCAGCUUGAGUGUCUAAAUUUGAGCCAUUUGUCAUCUUCAGCUGAGAAACUGGUACUAACUACUUUAAAGGUAUACUAAUCACAGGCUGAAAAUCAAGCAGAGAGAUGUGGGCGUGGAGACAGUUUUUAUGUACUGGAAGAAAGUGUGUAAACCCUUUGCAUUGUAACCUUUUGCACAAAUGCUGUUUUCCAAAUGCAAAUGGCUCGUGCUCUUUUGACUAUUCUUUGAAUAAUAAGUAAGAUGCAGUCUGGCAAAAGUCAGGCCAGGUGAAAGAAAAUUGUUUCCAAAUGAGGCCUUGCCUCCCCAAAUGGACCAUCUUUUCUAUUGAUCACAGAAGGAGGCUGAGUACAGGUUUAGAGAAAUGGCAGGAAUGGGGGCAGGGAGAGAUUUAAAAUGACUGGGAAUGUGCAAAAGAACUAGAAAAGGUUUCCGAAGUUGUCUUUCGGUUUAGUUUAAUUUAGUUGAGUUUCCAGUUUUUGUAAAGGCAGCAGUGAAUUAGCAAGCAUUUGUGCUACUGUAUGGACAAGGGUUUCUCUGCCAAAACUUUAACAUCAGAGGGUUGGCUGUGGGGGGGGGAGAUGAUGAUUUGUUCAGUUUUGUCUCAGAACCAAACCUAUUUUUGUCACAUCUGAACUUACUUGCCUUUGUGUGUGUUUCAAAAUUAGUUUUAACAUCCUUUGGUUAAUAGAGAAUAGCAAUAGCCCCAUGGAGGUGUGAUAUGAAUUCUUCUUAACUAAUACUUAGGAAAUAAGCUACAAAUAUGGUAAUCCAUCUAUUUCUGUGACAUAUAGUGUACUUCUUCUACUUAGCACUACUAUUGUUAUAAGAGGGAGGAAAUGUAUUUUCCAAAAGCCUAAGUAAAUUGAAUAUUUUAUACUCAGUAUAUAUUCUCCCACCAGAAAGCAUAAAAUCAAAUUUUUGUACAUAUAACAGUUGUUUUUCUUCAUGAAAAUCGGGAGGAAAGAGAGACUGUCCAGGAUAUCAUAAGACAGGUAGUUGGAUUGAUUUGCCAAACAGUGACAUUGGCAAAGACUUUAUUGCCUUUUCUACGGUUGGUAAAACAGAGAGCCAGACUGUGUGACUUGCCUCAGGCUGGCUGCCUAGCCAUUGUGGGAACCAAUUGCUCUCCCUCUUUACAUCUUUCUUUGGAACAUUUGAGACUCCUAUGCAAAGCAGAUCAGAUCGGCUCAGCAUUUUAAAAAAGCAAAACUACCUCUGGUGGAUGGUAUCUCAUUGAUCUUAAUUAUCCAGGUGAAUCCUGGUUACCAGUGAUUGCUAAAUACUCUUGUUUUUAUAUUGGACCUCCGCCCUUUGUUGACUAUUGCCUGGAGCUAAGAGAUUGAGAGUUGUCUGUCCUUUUACCUGUGGGCUCUUUGAACCACUAUAUUUCUGUUUUCUAACAUCGCAAUUCCAGGAAGAAUCUACCUGAGCUAGUCUAGAUGUAGUUAUUAAUGGAUAUGGAAAUGUUUUGUGCAAAAUAAACUUUUUGUAGUUUGACACUUUGGUGCAACAUACUAUCUGGUUUAACUUCUUAAAAUUUUGAUCAAGAUAUAUGUAGAUGAUAAACUUAGAGUAGAGUUGUUCUCUUGUUGCUCUAAGCACUGGAAGAUAUUAAUGUUGACUUAUAUUUAGGAGGAGAUUCAGUGGGGAACAUUCAGGGUAGUUGUCUUUUUGGUGCGAUGAGUUUAAUAUAAGUGUUAGCAUUUUAAAAGUUGCAAUGUACAUGAAGCUUAAGAAAGCAAGCUCAAAACUCGAACAUUUUGAUCAAAUUUGAUGGAGUUUUGAGGGAAAUGAAACUUUAAGCUGGCACUCUAGUUGUGCAGUGACUAAUGAUCUUAUUGAAGAAAAGACAAGUCAUUUGACUAUAAAUUGAGUUAACCAGACCAGUCACAACCAAUCAGUGACUCUAAAUGAAAAUUUACCCAAGUAUUUGUAUAUAAACCAAAUUCUAAUCAGAUGUGAUUUCUAGUUAGCAUUUUUUAGUUUUUGUGUUUUGCCAUGGCCUCUAUUUUUAUUUCUCCAAAAUUAUUGGCUUUGUCCAUCUCAGCCUUUUGCCAAAAUUUGCAAGAACACUGAAACUUGGAUAAAAUGUGUCAAACCUACAAAUAAGCAAUCUAAAUUUGUCAUUUAAGAAGAGCUUAGUUUCAGUUUUUGCAAAAAACCAUGAGACCGUAAUGAGUAGGAACUAGAAUGAAAUUGAAUGGAUUCGUACAACUGCUAUUUAAAUACAGUGUUUACUUUUGAAAUUGGAGCAUGAAUCCACACCUAGCUAUUGCUUUUCAUUUGACUUUUCUAGAUAAAUUUUCAGUUUUCAUCUAUUCAUGAAAGCAGUCUGCUUGCUAUUCCAUCAGUCUUGCUCUGCCGUUCAUCUCUGAGCAUCCUAAAACACUGUGAUCUUGCCAUAAGUGUUGUCCUAUGCCACUCGACUGUGUCCACUCAUGGGACCCUCAACUCUCCUGCUCUCAACUCUCAGCAGGAACCAAAUUAACUUAGUAUUUUGUGCUUGGGUUCACUUUAACAGCAUAAGGAGUGAGACAGUGCUGUUUGGAGGACGAACAGCAGCUACAGUACAUUGUAGGAAGGGAAAGAGGCAGCUGAGGCGCUCAUGAGCUCCUCGGAAUGCCAGGUGAUUCUCUUCCUUGUCUUUGGUGAGUGUUGGUAAGGAGGCCCCUAGACAAAAUGCAGCCAAGGUUGUCGAAGAUCUGGCGGUCUGUGGGAUAGGCUGUGGCAUGCAGAAGGCUUACUAACAAAGUUCUCGCUCCACCUUUAAAAAAAAAAAAGAAAGCUCUUCUACAUUUCACUGAAAUGGAAAUGAGUAAAAUUGGGGGGAGGGGUGUCUGAUUCGGUUUGAUUCAUUUGAUGGAUUUGAUUCCAAGUUUUGAUUUGUAGAUUUAAUAAGAUAGUGGCCUAAUUUUACCGGAGUCUGUUAGAGAUAGUAGAAUAAAAUAGCAAAUAAGAGAGUUUAGCUUUUUUUUUUGAAAGUUUAGUAGAUAGUCUAAUCAAACUAUAAACUGUAAAUGUGAUUAUAAAUACAGGCUCUGAGUACCAAGUUACUAAUUGGUGCCAUGUUUUCGUUUUUCUUAUUGUUAGUUUUUAAAGUUUUAAUUGUACUACAUUUUUAUAUCUAAGUAUCCAAUGAGUUUAAUUUUGAAGGAGAGUUGGAGAAGGUUUAAGGUUUUACCACUUCUAUUCAGACCAUCUCUGUAGGCUCUAAACUGAGACCAUAGCGUAAUUCAGCAUAGAUACAGUCCAGAACUACCCUCUACAAUCCACAGUUCAAGAACAAAUUUAGCGUUGUACACAAAUGAUAGAUGUCAGCUAAAUAUAUUUAGUUGUUGCCUUGGCAACAAAACUACAACAUGGCUACCUUUAGACAUUUAUGCAUGUAAAACUUUUAUGUGUAAGCUAUAUGUGGUUCAUGACAGUGCAAACAUAUUGAAGAUACAGCUCAAAACUCAGAAAACUGAUGAUGUUUUUGAAGCCCUGUGUUCCAUAUAUGAAAGCUGAAUUUGUGUCCUCAUGUUAACAUUUGAUUCGAAAAAGAAGUUUAUAACACAUGGAUUCUAGAAUUGGGCUUUAUCGUUUAAAGAAUUGGUUGGGUUGAUAGGGUUAUUCUACAGUAGAACAAGCUCGACAUUGAUAUUGCCUGGCCUUUUUUUCACAACUUUAUUCAAAACUACCUAUUCGUGUAGUAUCUGUAGUUAUAAAAAGAUUAUAUUUUCUGGCUUUAUUCACAAAAACUAUAUGUGAGGAUUAAAGCAUAAGUAAACAUGUUGAGAUUAACCCAUGGUUGUGAAGCCACACAUAAAGAUACUAUAGAAGAGCCCCUGAACAGUGUUUAAGAGACAUAUGCUGCAGUUCCCCGACUGUCCCAGUUAGGGUGCGAAUGUGUGAGACCCAUCUUUUUUUUUUUUUUUUUUUUUUUUUGCACUUAUGUACAUAGUCCAUGAAAGCAAUCCUUGGAGCUUUUGACAAUGUAAGAAGUCUGUGGUAAUAGAGGAGCAUUAGUGAGAGUGCUGUUUGAGGCUCUAAGAAUUAGUGGAAGCAUAGUGUAGCAGUACUGUUGAGGGGGCUUGCUAGCUGGCUACAGCCCACCAGAAGCUCAGACUGCUAACACAUGCCAGAUCCCCCUAACAGCACUGAGUGAGAAUACAAAGCACUUCUUUUCGUAAGGCUACUAGCAAAAGUUAUUUGCUUUUUGAAUUAACUCCCACUGUAAAAACACACACACACGCACACACACACACACACACACACACACACACACACACACACGAAUGCUUAUACUACAUAAUGGAUAAGGUUCCCAGUAGAGAUUUUCUUUUUUCCAAUUAUAGAAAGAAGAGAAACUACUCUGUACAUUACAAGCUAGUUAGUUACUCUCAAAUCUAAUUAAAACAGAUCUCAUCCUUCGUAGUUUAAAAUUAUAUCAGUUAAUGUGGAUUUAAGUGAAAAAUUGUUAAUGUUUUAACUAAACAGAAGUGAAGCAGCCCAAAUCUUAUAGAAGAUGGACCCUGGAAAAUGAUGUCAAUUUAACCUACUCUGCCAGUUCUCACUCCACAUUUGCAGAUAGCCAAGGAGCCUUCUUGUUGUUCUCCAAGGCACUGAGGCUUAGCAAAGUUGGAAGUUUGAAAGGUUAAGGGACAGAUCAUCUCUGGCACUUUGAAUCCUUCCCAUCUUAAGACAGAUGUCUUUCACACUAAGGACCCCAUCCUAGGCUAAGGGUAGUUGUGAAAUGUUGCUUUUCAUACACUGCUAACUCUCUUGGAGGCAUAUAACUAGAUCUGCACCCAUAGGUCAUUAGUACAGCACUUGCCUGGAUGAACAAGGCCCUGGGUUCCAUCCCCAGGACUGCAAAAGGAAAAAAGGGGGAAGAAAGAGAGAGAAAGAUGGAAAACAGACCAAAGCUACAAACAACCCAAGCCUUACAUGUAUCCCGUAGCUCAGGGCCAGUUGGCUAAAAAUUAUUUAAUUUUCCCUUCAGCUUCUGAUCACUAAGUCAGUUUGUUGUAUGGCUAUACAACAAACGCCCUGACAAUCUGAGCAGCUGUUUUUAGCCAAUAGAAGAUGGAAGCAUAUAUUCAUUUUAUAGUUAAGAAUGCCCACUUCAGCCUUACUACCCCCAUAAUUUCACUACUUCACCAGCAUCCUUACGUGGACGUUUCCUUGUGAAUCUCUAAGUCAUAAGAAUGCAUCUUCAUAAGGACAAUAGAAAGAUGAAAUUUUGUGUAUGGUGCUGAGAAUACAGCCCAGGGCUUUGUGUGCUAUGCAAAUGCUCUAACACCCUGGUUAGCCAGUGAUAAGAUUUUAAGUCCAGAGCUAUCAACCAUAAAUUAGUAGGGAUGAGCCUUGAAGCAUCACAAAAGAUAGCCAAUGAAUUUAUAACAUGUACAUGCCCACCACCACUUGGUCCCAUGCUGAAGCUUAAACAUAGUGACUGUAUUUCAAUCAUUCAAACAAAGGAGAGGAUUAAGUAUAACGAGUGCAUGUGAUUCAAGCUAAAAGAUAAAUUGGGAUUUAAGUUUGACAAACUUAGCAUUUCUAGCCCUUCUGCCUUGCCUAUAAGUGAAUUACCCACUGGAAUUGAAAAUCUAGAUUAUCCCAAAGAAAAUGUAUGUGUAUAGAGAACCCUUCCUCAAUCAUAAAAGAUGAAAAGUGCUUUGGUCUGAAAUAAGUUGCCACUCCGUAUAGAUACUUCAAGAAUCCUCACUAGCCCUCUUUUACAUUGUGUUACUUUAAAAAAAAAUACCUCUGUAGCAAGACCUAGAAGAAUUAAGUGAGCUUUUUCUCCCACACAUGUACAACCUUAAGACUCUGCCAUAGAACUGCAUGGUUGCAAAGCUUUAUUUCUGUAUACAGAUGCUAUCUGUUAAUGAUGGAAACCAAAUUGUUGUCUUGCCGUGUCUUUUGUGUCUAGCAGUUGAGUGGAUGAUAUGACCAUCAUUUCAUUAGAUGCUGGGGAUAACCUCAAAAUAAGUUUCUUAUUAUUAUCAUAACUGUUAGUUCGGUUACAAAAUGAGCCAUUUGCUCCCAAAUUACACUAAUUAAAAUGAGGUCCAUUUUUUAGAAAAUGAGGUCUCACUCACUAUGUUGUGUAAACUAGUCCAAAUUCCAUGGCCUUGAAUGAUUUGAUUAUUCCUCGGUGUGACUUCUUUCGCUUGACCAGGAUGAGCUAGGUUAUUCCUUUGUGUAAUUUUAAAGAAUAACUUAUAGCUCCAGCUAACAAUGAUCUGGACUGUAGGGAGAGGAGGCAUUUGUCUUGGGCAGGGGAUGGCAAUAUAAGAAUUUCUUUGCCCUAUGCCACAAUUAAAAACUGAAAUAAGAACCAAAAUAUUUUACAAGUAAAAACUGUUCACAUAAUAUUUUGUUCCCAAAUGUGGUAAUUCAUUCCCUCAACUGCAGAUGUUUGGACUUUUUCAAGUUAUAGUGUUGUAUGCCUGUUUGUGUUUAGAAGUGUUCAUUAUAUAGCUCAUUUUAGUAUGCUACUUUUUAUGUUUCCUUUUUUUAUUCUUUCAAUAAAGUUUGCAAAUUCCUUGG